GAUGCGGUGGCGGCGGGUGCGAGGAUUGGCUCUAUCUUCAAGGAGCCCACCAUCACCCCGACCAAAGAGCAGAUGGCAGAAAUGGGCCUCAGCAGAGCGCUAGGCUCUCCAAAUGGAGCCAUGCGAAGAGGAUGGAACGGCAUCACGAUAUCUCGGGAUACCAUCCACAUCCCUGGCAUUGAGCUGGGAUUCAAGCGGCCCGUCCUCUUCGAACGACAUGCGGUGGGUGGUGAAUAUGGUGCUGGUUGGAAGAAGGUCGGCAAAGGCCGCUUGCUGACCACGUUCUUUCCGGAAAACAUGGAUGAG